CCCGCCUCUCAGUGUGUGUGGCUGCGUGUCGGUAGGCUGAGUGGCGGAGGCAGGCUGACGCCAUGGCGCUGUUCUGCCGAGUUUCUCUACCAACUUACUGGACUUCUGGGACUCGCUGUAGUUAAAGUCUUCUCUUUUACUCGAAUUUUUUUAGCUUCGGAUUUUCACUUGUGCCGACGUGUUUGUUUUUUUGAGCCGGAAGAUAAAGUGUGUGCUGUGUUUUCGGGUGUGUGUGUGUGUAUGUGUGAAGUGGAGUCAGGUGAACUCAGCGGCUGUGUUAGUAAACUUGGUCAAGAGCUACGUUUAGCUUUCUCUGCUAGCGUUACUCUGUCGAGUAACGAAAAGGAAACGAUGUACAGAAAGUGGGAAACUCGGAGGUAGUAAAGACGUGUUGUCUUCUUUUUAUUUAUUUAUGUAGUGUUGCCUUCAACUCUACCCGGUUUGUGCGGUUUAUUCUGCCGCACUGGGCAGGUAGGACAGAGUUUGCACCUGUAAGUUAAGCUCGUUGCUAACGUUAGCAGGCUAAUAACUCAGCAGUGGCCUUUUCCAAAUGAGUUUUCUGUCUGUUCGACUCUGGAGAAAGUUGACUAAACUUAAUAAAAAGUUUAGUUUAGGUUUAAUGAACGACCGAGUUGUGUUUGUAAGUGUGUAACAUCAUCUUUUGGGGCUUGAGACGCUACAGUCAGAGUGGUUUAACUGGUUCACGCGCAGGCACGCGCAUGCAGGUCAGACUCAAACCCCUUAACGGAUAGCUCGUGCACUAAAGUAAUGAAGAGCGCGUCCGUCGUUCCGGUGCUUCUUGCAUGUCUGGAGAGGUAAAACCCCGGUUUACGUUCAUUCUCCGCUCGGACAUCAGCGCACCUUAUGGUGCCGCCGCAGGCGCCGAGUCAUGAGUGUUCCCCGGGCCGUUUUCCCGAACGGUGAGGGGCGACUAGCGGAGCAUGGCUGGCCGGAGAGCUCUACUUCCUCCUCCUCUUCCUCCUCCGCCGCCGCCGGGAACUCUCGCGCGCACUCGGCGCCGGCGCGCACGCGCUCGCUGUGGACUGCGGCGUACGACUACGAGGCGAGCGGCGAGGACGAGCUCAGCCUGCGGCGCGGUGACGUGGUCGAGGUGCUGUCCAAAGACGCGGCCGUGUCGGGCGAUGAAGGCUGGUGGACCGGCAAGCUCAACCACCGCGUGGGCAUUUUCCCGUCCAACUACGUCACCUACCAACCGGCAGUUGUGUCCUCGCCGUCAGCAUCGCGAGAUCCCUUGAACAUCCCGUUCAGCGCGCUCGUGCUCCAGGAGAUCAUCGGCGUCGGCGGCUUCGGUAAAGUGUACCGCGGCACAUGGCGCGAGCAGGAGGUGGCCGUGAAGGCGGCGCGCCAGGACCCGGACGAGGACAUCACCGCCACCGCGGAGAGCGUCAAGCAGGAGGCCAAGCUCUUCGCCAUGCUGCGCCACCCCAACAUCAUCCGGCUCGAGGGGGUGUGCCUGGAGGAGCCCAACCUGUGCCUGGUGAUGGAGUACGCGCAAGGAGGCACGCUGAACCGCGCGCUCACCGGCAGACGCAUCCCGCCGCACAUCCUGGUCAACUGGGCUGUGCAGAUCGCCACGGGCAUGCAGUACCUGCACGAGGAGGCCGCCGUUCCCAUCAUCCACCGCGAUCUGAAGUCCAGCAACAUUUUAUUACUUGAAAGAAUUGAGAACAAUGACAUUGGUAGGAAGACAUUGAAGAUCACUGACUUUGGCUUAGCUAGAGAGUGGCACAAGACUACUAAAAUGAGUGCUGCUGGCACGUACUCGUGGAUGGCUCCUGAGGUCAUCAAAUCCUCCCUCUUCUCCAAAGGCAGUGAUGUAUGGAGUUAUGGGGUGCUUCUCUGGGAGCUGCUAACUGGGGAGGUACCUUACCGUGGUAUUGAUGGCUUGGCAGUUGCCUAUGGAGUGGCUGUCAACAAGUUAACCCUCCCCAUUCCAUCCACUUGCCCCGAGCCUUUUGCCAAGCUCAUGGAAGAAUGCUGGGAGCAGGACCCCCACAUCCGACCGAUGUUCGCCACCAUCCUGGAGCAACUGACCGCCAUAGAGGAGGCCGUGAUGGCCACCAUGCCGCAAGACUCCUUCCACUCCAUGCAGGAGGACUGGAGGGUGGAGAUCCAGGAGAUGUUUGAUGAACUGCGAACAAAAGAGAAGGAGCUGCGCUCUCGUGAGGAGGAGCUGAUGCGGGCGGCACUGCAGCAGAAAUCGCACGAGGAGCUACUGAAGAGGAGGGAGCAACAGCUGGCUGAGCGAGAGAUCAAUGUGCUGGAGCGUGAGCUUAACAUCCUCAUCUUCCAGCUGAACAAGGACAAGCCCAACGUCAAGAAGAGGAAGGGCAAGUUUAAGCGCAGUCGCCUCAAGCUGAAGGAUGGCAAUCGCAUCAGCUUGCCCUCAGAUUUUCAGCAUAAGAUCACAGUGCAGGCUUCACCAUCGAUGGAGAAGAGGAGGAGCCUGAACAGCACCAGUUCCAGUCCUCCCAGCAGCCCCACUCUCAUCCCCCGCCUCCGGGCCAUCCAGCUGAGCUGUUCCAGUGACUCUACACAAAGGAACAGUAUAUAUGUUUAUCACCAGGAUGUGGAUAUCACGAACGAGUGUAAACCUCAUACAGGGAGGAAAGUAACUCUGGACGAGAGCAACAGGACGUGGGGCAGAAGCACCAUCUAUAAGCCUGAGGAGUUUGAGGAUGCGAAGAAGGGCAUAAAGAAGAAGGUUCGCACAUGGGGUCCAAGCUCCAUUCAGACCAAGGAGAGAGGAAACAGUGCUGAAAGGGUUCGGCCGCUCUCAGAUGGAAACAAUCCUUGGUCUACUACUCUGCUGAAAUCCCAGAAAUCUGUUCCACUCGCUGCAUUAUUUGCCGAGCAGGGCACGGCUAAAGAUGAAACAAGCUCUUUCGACAGUUCAGACAGCAAACCAAAGCAACUCAAGUUCCCCAAUCAGGUCUAUAUUGAUCUACCUCUGUGGAAGGACGAGCAGAGUGAUGGGCCUGGGGUUGGGAUAGGGGGUGGAGCCGAGAGCCAGGAGGAGCCAGCCACAUCCACCAGCUCAACAAGCACAACGCCGCAGCACACACCCACCAAUAGUCUGAAGCGUGCAGGUGGGCGGCGGCGCACGGACACAGUGCUGUACGGCUGUGCCUCGCUCCUAGCGGCUGUGGCUCUGGGCGUGGACCUGCGUGAUGCCCACAAGGCCACACCCACGGAUGAGGUGGAGCCUCGAGAAGACAGGAAGAAGCGGGAAGGCCUGUUUCAGCGUGCCACUCGUUUCCGGCGCAGUUCUAGCCCACGCAGGGAUGACAACCUGCUGGCCAUGUCCUCAAUCUCAGAGUGUAACUCCACCAAGUGUCUCCUCCACUCGGACUCUGAAGGUCCCGAGCACAGCUCUGUAACUGAAGCACCACUCAAUGGCUCUGGAUUCUACAAUAUCAGCCAGAGCGGCAGAAAUGUGGGCAGAACUAAUAAUCUCUGCCCUCCGUUAUUACCAGAGCAUGGCACCACCUCUGUGUCCCGGCUCAGGAGAAAGAAAUCUAGUCCUGCUGUCUGUCAGAAUGCAGCUGGCACCAACUGUUCCAUGUCUAGCGCUGCUGCUGAAGUCCCUGUAGUCUCUGCCUCCCAGAAAAAGAAAACUGACCGAGAGACUGCUUCAGACUCAGUCUCCAAGCCCAGGCCGUUGUCUCUGAGAGCCAAACCUCACUGUUGGGGUCUUCUGAGGAGCAGAAACAAGAGCUACUCUCUAGGUCACUGCUCCGGAGAGAAGAGCGCACAGAGCCUGGGCAUCGUGCUGUCCUCCGAGGUCAAAAUGGAUUGCUCUCUCUUAGACGUGGACACUGAGGGACAGAAACGUGACUGCACUGUUCCCCUUUGCCGAAUCCAGAGCACACCAAGCCGCCCGUCUGUCUUUGAACUGGAAAAGGAGUUCUUUUCCUGAAAUGCCUCUCCUCUGUUCCUAGAGCACAACCCUAUCUGACUUCAAUCCAGUUGUAGUUCUACGACAAAAGAUUCUUCUGUGUUCAGGACUCGCAAAACAUUGUGGCAUUUGUGCCCAAUUUUAAACUAUUGCUGCUGGAGUUGUCAUGGUGUACUUUUUUCUUUUUCUUUUUUUUAAUUUAUAUUCAGUUUAUUUUGAUAAGUAAUUUAAUAUGAAAGGACAUGAGCAAAAUGAUCAGCAUUCCGUUUUACUGAAAAAUGGCCAGUGUGUAGCCGAUUGUGUCUUUACACUACCACUUCUGCACAUUCCAUAUAUAUAUAUAUAUAUAUAUAUAUAUAUAUAUAUAUAUAUAUAUAAAAAGAUAAAGAUGUCGGCAUACUACUGUACUUCAAGAUUUUGUAGGUGUUAAAGUUUUAUUUGUAUUAGAAACAAGCAUUCAACUUGGAUAUUAGUUUUAUUCUGGACUAUGUGCGGUGUUUUUGGAGUUUUUUUGACCCCUGGUUGAUCUGAAUGUGGAGACACGCUGCUGUACGGUGCAGACAUGAGCUUACAGCGAAUCAGACCUCUUUAUGGAAAAAGUUAGUUCCCUGAGGAAGUUAGACAGGUUAUGUGACAUAGUGACUUCCCCGGCAUUGCUUGCUCAGUAUCUGCUUUUCUUUAAUCAUUUUUGCCAACAGAAAGAUAUUUUCCAUGCUAUGUGUAAUAUUUACCCGUUUUAACUCCCGAGUAAAAUGGUGCGGUCAGUAUUACAUUCUCUUAGUGGUCUCACUGUCUUUGGGAUCCCACGCCACGGAGUUUGCUGUUGCUGUUGUUGCUGUUGUUGCUGUUGUUGUUGUUGUUGUUGUUGUUGUUGUUGUUGUUGUUGUUUGCUUGUUGCUGUUGUUCCCAGGUGACCUUUACUACUUCACCACUCCUGUGAAACGGGUACAGAGUAUUGUCUGUCAUAUUGAGAUUGAGAGUCUCCCCUGCUUGCUAUAGAGUCCUGUGUGUUUUUGCUGUGUCUGGUUAAACCGAUGUUACUUCUCAACGUUUACAAGCUAUAGAUGGACUGUGGUUCCAGACUUUUUUCAUAUAAUGGACACAGAAAGCCCUUGUUAUUCAGUUAAAUAUCCCAAAUGAGGAUAGGACCAAUCAGCUUAUAUUAUACGGACUGACAUUCCUCUGAAAAUAUUCUAUAAGGUUCGAAUGUAUUUGUUAAUGCUUUUGGUUUUGAACAACUCCAUUAGGAAUACCAGACAGAGGUAAUAAAGUAUGUGCAAUGCUUUUUCCAUUCCAAGACAUUACAGUAUUCACUGAAAGCCUGAAAAUAUGUUUUUACCUGAAAAGCAGGUAAUGAAUUCAGUAAGAGAAUGGCAAUGAUUACAUGGUCUGUGACGACAAUUUUUGGUUUUUAAAUCGAGCAUCUUGAUUAGAAAUCUGAUGUUUUAGUGGACCAAAAUGUAAAGAGUAAUCUGAAUAUGAUUAGCUUAUUCCUUGACUUAAAAUGGACAUAUAUAUUUAUAUAUUUCUUAUUCCUUACAUAACAGCAUUCCUUACUACUUCUACAUUGGCUGUUUAAUUUAAAUGUUUCUUGAAUUGCAUCCUAAGCAUCCAUCCCCUAGUAAGGAGCCCCAUUUGAGCUCAUUAAAUAUACAAACACCGAUGUGAUCUUAAUUAGGUUUUAGCUCAAAGCUCAGUGAAGCUAAGCAACACGGUAUAAUCCAAGUCAUUUCCACAAUGUUUGUUACUUUGGUCUUUUUCUGUACUGCUGUGCAAAAGUGUUUCCACAAUCAUCAGACCUUAAGCCUGUUUAGAAAAGUAGUUAAAUGGGUUGGGUCGCAUUCCCCCCCCCCCCCCCCCUUUUUUUUUUGUUUGUGUGUGUGUGUAUUAGAGCUUAUUAAAAAAAAAAACUGGGUCUCCUGAGAGGAAACAGUUUUAUAAUGACUCCCAACUGUAUAACUAAAUGUCCAGAUCUUAGGCAAAUUGAGUUUAUAGAUUUGGUACCAUCUGUUUAAACUGAGUAUAUGCAUUAAUAAGCAAUGAGAGAAUGAGUUCAAAGUGUACGUGCAGUUGAGCUUUGGGUUAAAACGAGGUGUAGUGUCACUUUUUAAAAAAAAAAAAUUUUAAUAAGUGGGAAUAAAUUUAAUUCUGUGACGUUACCUCACACAGCUGGAAAGGGGUCUAGUCCAUGAAGGUGAAAUGGCCUUUGUGAUUUGGAGCAUCCGUUUUUGGUCAAAAUGUUAGAACAUGCCCUGUGAUCAUCUUAUAGGAGCUUCUCAUGUAGCACUGUGAUUUCGAGAUAGUAAUCGUUGAUCAUGAACUGCUGAUUUACCAGAAUUUGUUUUUAAAAUGUGAAAUUAAUGUGAUUAUUAUGAUGACAGUCUUACAGGACACCAGUGAGACUGGAACUGCAGUUGCACAUUUGAUUCCAUGAGAACAAAACACUGAAAGGUUUGGUUCAGGAUACUGUAAUUAUUAUUAUUAUUUUUUUAUAACUAAAAUGAAGUAGUAGCGUGUCUGUUGGAGUACCAGAUAUUGUUUUUUGUUUUGUUUUUUCAAGGAGUCAUGAUUACACAUUUGAAUAAAAACAGCACAUGGACACUGAGACACUAAAUGAUAUUUUCCACUGGAUGAACUUCUCACCAAAGUUGCCCUUUCUGUCCAGCAGUUUGGUUUGUGAAUUUUUCUUUUUUCUUUUUUUUUUUUUUUUUUUUUUUUUUUUUUUUUUUUAAAGCAAUACUUGUUACAUAGAUCACAUGUACUGUAUAUACAUAAUGAUUAUGGUGACUUACUCAAUUAUUUUAGUGUCUGUCUGAGCCACAUGACCAAAUCAAUGUUGAGGUGGUUUACUGGUACUGUUUUAGAUCACAGCGUCAGUGACCGUUGGAAAGGGUUUUUCCCUUAAUCAUUACUAUAUUCAAGUGACCAAUAAAUCCUUUAUCACUCAAGUCAUCUCAUUA